GAAGCUAGCCAAGAAGCAGAAGGAGACUCAGACCAGCACGCAGAGGGAGAUGGGUCCCGUGGCUACUUCUGACAAGACCUCUACCAAACUCAGUGCUGUUCACAAUGAAGAAGCUUUUUCUUCCAGCUGCCAAGAUGUUAAUGGAUUCACAUCACCCUCUCCUUGUUCAUUUUCUGUCCAAAGCAAAACCCUUCAGAGCAAAUCUUUGUUGAAUUCCUACUACUCAGUAUCAUCAGACACUGUUCCAUCGACCACGCUGUUAGACAGUAGCCAUGGAGAGAUGACCCAGCCAACCCUGACUAUCCAGACCCACCCGUACCGGAGCUGCGAGCCGGUGGAAAUGUCCUACCCCCGGGGGCAGUUCCAGCCAGCCAUCCGAGUGGCCGACCUGCUGCAGCACAUCACCCAGAUGAAACGAGGACAGGGCUAUGGAUUUAAAGAGGAGUAUGAGGCACUACCUGAGGGGCAGACGGCAUCCUGGGAUACAGCCAAGGAAGACGAAAACCGCAAUAAGAAUAGAUAUGGAAACAUAAUCUCCUAUGAUCAUUCAAGAGUGAGAUUGCAGCUGCUGGACGGGGACCCUCACUCCGACUACAUAAACGCCAAUUACAUAGACGGGUACCACCGGCCUCGCCAUUACAUCGCAACUCAAGGGCCGAUGCAAGAGACCGUGAAGGAUUUCUGGAGAAUGAUUUGGCAAGAAAACUCUGCAAGUGUUGUCAUGGUCACCAACUUGGUGGAAGUGGGCAGGGUGAAGUGUGUUCGAUACUGGCCAGAUGACACAGAGGUCUAUGGAGAUAUUAAAGUCACAUUAAUCGAGACAGAACCAUUGGCAGAGUAUGUCAUACGCACAUUUACUGUACAAAAGAAAGGCUACCAUGAGAUCCGAGAGAUUCGGCAGUUCCACUUCACCAGCUGGCCGGACCACGGCGUUCCUUGCUAUGCCACCGGCCUCCUGGGCUUCGUUCGUCAAGUGAAGUUUCUCAAUCCCCCAGAAGCAGGACCCAUUGUGGUGCACUGCAGUGCUGGGGCUGGGAGAACAGGGUGCUUUAUUGCCAUCGACAUCAUGCUUGACAUGGCAGAGAACGAAGGCGUGGUGGAUAUAUUUAACUGUGUGCGAGAGCUGCGAUCCCAACGGGUCAAUUUGGUGCAGACGGAGGAGCAGUAUGUAUUUGUCCAUGAUGCCAUUUUGGAAGCAUGUCUCUGUGGCAACACGGCCAUUCCAGUUUGUGAGUUCAGAUCCAUAUAUUACAACAUCAGCAGACUAGAUCCACAGACCAAUUCCAGCCAGAUAAAAGAUGAGUUUCAGACUCUCAAUAUUGUGACACCACGUGUGCGGCCGGAAGAUUGCAGCAUCGGCCUUUUGCCAAGGAACCAUGACAAGAACCGCUGCAUGGAUGUGCUGCCCUUGGACCGGUGCCUGCCUUUCCUCAUCUCCGUGGAUGGCGAAUCAAGUAACUACAUCAAUGCUGCACUCAUGGAUAGCCACAAGCAACCUGCUGCCUUUAUUGUAACCCAACACCCUUUGCCCAACACCAUAGCAGACUUCUGGAGGCUGGUGUUUGACUAUAACUGCUCCUCUGUUGUGAUGCUGAAUGAGAUGGAUGCAGCGCAGCUCUGCAUGCAGUACUGGCCAGAGAAGACGUCCUGUUGUUACGGGCCGAUUCAAGUUGAGUUUGUUUCAGCAGACAUCGAUGAAGAUAUCAUCAACCGGAUAUUCCGGAUCUGCAACAUGGCCAGGCCCCAGGAUGGGUAUCGCAUAGUUCAGCACCUGCAGUACAUUGGCUGGCCAGCAUACAGGGACACCCCUCCGUCCAAGCGCUCCCUCCUGAAGGUGCUCAGAAGGUUGGAGAAGUGGCAGGAACAGUACGAUGGGAGAGACAGGCGCACUGUCGUCCACUGCCUGAACGGUGGGGGACGCAGCGGGACCUUCUGUGCCAUCUGCAGCGUGUGUGAAAUGAUUCAACAGCAGAAUAUCAUCGAUGUGUUCCACAUAGUGAAAACGUUACGGAAUAACAAGUCCAACAUGGUGGAGUCACUGGAACAGUAUAAAUUUGUAUAUGAGGUUGCACUGGAAUACUUGAGUUCCUUUUAGCCCAGCGGAGGGAGGGGAGCCUCCGAAAUAGCAGAUCCCAAUCUCUGGCAGAUGCUUCUCCCCUCUCCCACACUGGAAGGCAGUAACAAGUGUGGGAAGGAAAACCUGUCCUUCCCAGAGCAAGAGACUGAGAUUGCACAGACCUCGCUGGAAGGAGGAGACGAUGCCUGUGUUUGCUGCUGCCUGCUUUCUAUCGGAACAUCUACCGCUUCUUAAAUAACCUACUGUAAAAAUUAGCAAAAUGGGAGACAGGCUGAAAGACUGGACUUUCUAAUCCCCUCUGACUUCUUCUUCUCUCUUUUGGAUUGUAUUUUUGCUCUCCUUGCUGCAGAGUGGGGAAGGAAUGAAACGCUUAGGAAUUUCUCUUUUAAAUGUCUCCUUUUUAAUUUAUAAUUUUGUUCUCAAAUCCCGGUCUUUAAUUUUUUAAUUUCAUGCAGCAGUCAUUUGGGAAAAAUGAGAUAGCCAUAAGGGAUAUAUGAAAUGUUUCGUUACAAUUUGUCUACCUUAUCUCUUUCCUUUUAUUUUUUUUUCCAAAAGAAAAGGCCAACACAA